ACUGGUGACGCGUUGAGCGACUGAGCGUUCGCCGUUCGGCCAUUUUUGCCGCGUUCGUCCUGGCGAGAGGUCACCUUUUCUCACGCUGUUAGCAAGUGACGAGCUUCCGGCAUGGUUAACGGAAGAAUUCCAUCGGUCUUCUCCAAGACCUACGUCACGCCCAGAAGGCCGUACGAGAAAGCUCGUCUCGACCAGGAAUUACGCAUCAUCGGAGAAUACGGUCUCCGUAACAAACGCGAGGUGUGGCGGGUGAAGUAUACCCUGGCCAAGAUCCGUAAGGCCGCGCGUGAGUUGCUCACGUUGGAAGAGAAGGACCCGAAGCGUCUCUUCGAAGGAAACGCCCUGCUGCGUCGAUUGGUAAGGAUCGGCGUGUUGAACGAAGCCCAUAUGAAGCUCGAUUAUGUAUUGGGUCUGAAGAUCGAGGACUUUUUGGAGCGACGUUUGCAGACUCAAGUAUUCAAGCUGGGCCUAGCCAAGUCCAUCCAUCAUGCCCGCGUGCUCAUUCGCCAACGGCAUAUUCGAGUGCGCAAGCAGGUGGUGAACAUUCCGUCGUUCAUCGUGCGACUGGACUCGCAGAAGCACAUCGACUUCUCGCUCAAGUCGCCCUUCGGCGGCGGCAGACCCGGCCGUGUAAAGAGGAAGAACCUGAGGAAGGGAAGCGGUGGUGCUGCACCGGAAGAGGAAGAAGAUUAAAAUAAUCUUCCUUAUCGCCAUUUAUAUCAAUAAAUGCGUGGCGCGUGGUAAUU